AUGGCGGACAGAGAUGGUCGAAAUUUUCGUUCUUUUUACUACGAUACUCUUGGCUUAAAGAACGUUGAACAGAAGAAAGCGCUUGAGAUAUUACUAAAAGAUGAAGAAAUAGAUGUUGACCGAGUGGCAACAUUCAGCUGUAAAUUCAGUUUACCAGCUGUGUUUAGGCCACACGUUUGGAAAAUAUUACUAGGUAUCUUAUCCCCAUAUCAAGCAGCUCAUAGCUACAUGACACAACAAAGAACAGAACAGUUCCACGAUCUCAAAAAAGCUUUAAUAGUUAUCAACCAGAUAGAUUCUCAGAAUGCAGACUUGGGUGAGCUUAUUACGAAGAUGUACCUGAUGCAAGAAGGAGGAUAUCGCGUGAAUACUGUCUCUGAGGAACUCAAAACCCAAGUCAGAAUCCUACAUGCCGUUGUCAAUGUUUUUGCAGAUAUGUUUGAAGAUGAGGUGGAUCUCUACUGGCUUUCAAUUAAGUUUGUCCAAAUACAGAAACAGUUUAUUAAUCAAUGGGAGACAUUGCUAAAGAUAAUUGAACACUAUAUCCAAACAGAAGACAACUCACUAUGGAGACAUCUUCAAUCACUUAAUGCUUUUGAACAUCUCCCAUAUAAAAGGUGGUUUGAGAGUAGUUUUUCAGAAGAUUUGCCUGAUUCCUGCAUGGAAAGGAUAUGGGACAAAGUUGUUGCUGGCUCUAGUAGGAUAUUAGGAAUUGUUGGUGUGGCUUUACUUAUUGUAUACAGGCAUCAGUUACUAAGCAUCAAAGAAUCACAGGCUUUUCUACAAGUUUUUAACAAGCCAUGCCCUGAGAAUGCCUGUGUGAUUGUUGCCAGCAAAGCAAUGGAACUCUGGGACAAACAUGGUAGUACAAUUAACAGUGAACCGUUACAAGUUAAACCUACACAGGGAUCCUAGAAGACUCGACAAUUUGUUUAACAUACACAGGAAACCCAAACAUCCAAUUAUGUGUACACAGGGAUCCAAGAACACUGAUAGUUUGUUUAACAUACACAGGAAAUCCAACCAUCAAAUUAUGUGUACACAGGAAUUCCAGCAUAUAGGUGCUCAGGAAUCCCAAGAGUGUGACCACAGACAUCAGCUAUGACAAUGUCACAGUGAUUCCAAGUUUUAUCUUUGAGCGUACUAACUAAUUAAUAAUGUCGUCAAGACUAUAAAUUAUUUAUAUAUUUAUCUAUUCAUAAUAGUGCAAAAAAAUCAUUAUAGGAAAAUAAUUUAAUGAUUGUAAGAUAUUUAAUUUAUCAUGCUCUAAGCAGGAAGCUUUGUAUUAAGGCUGCUUUGCAAGACUACAUCAUUCGUUAUUCUUAAUAUCUUUGGAAAAGAGAUGAACAUAUUUCUAAAAUAAAAGACAUUCAAAAUA